AUGGAAUACUCCCAAUCCCGACCGGACUUAGUCGUUUCCAUCGACUUCGGAAUGACAUGUACUGGUGUCGCAUAUUGCAACGUAGCGACUGGAUCCGAUAGCGUGCGCCAUAUCCAACGAUGGCCUGGCCGGACACAAGCAAACGAAAACAAGGUGCCGACAUUACUUGUUUACCCACAAAACUCCGAAACGCCGUCAUCAUGGGGGUUUCUUGCUGAAACCGCACAGGAGGGUAGUGGCGCAGGUCACGAGAGUAGGGAGUGGUUCAAGAUCAUGCUCGACGAAGACCUACUGGAACAAAUGAGAUCUAAUUCUAGUGAGCCAUCGAAAGUACCACAUAUUCACGAAGUAGAGAAAUGGUACACGGACUAUUUCAGCUACCUCUACCGAACGAUCGAAGCACGACUACGAGGCGAGCUCGCGAGCCGCUGGGAGGACGCGAAAAUCGAGUUCAUAUUCUCGGUACCCACGACAUGGAAGCCGAUACCCACUGUGGAGAGAUUUCGAAAGACGAUCUCUGCGGCCGGCUUUGGAUCAUGCGCCAACCACACAGCAUCGAUAGGGCUGACGGAGGCUGAGGCAGCCGCGGUACAUACAGCGCGCAGUAUGCCUGGUAUCUUCAAGGAUCUAUCAGUCUUCCGAGUGAAGAAAACGCAAGAUGGUUCUUUUAGUCUUGAACAGAUCGACGUUGUAUUCGGUGCCACCAUCGGAGCCGCGCAGCUCGACAGCUUAUACGAGAAAGAAGUCCUACGGCGAUUAGAGAAUGCCGAUCGACUACAGCCAAUGGGACUUUCGGAUAUCAACCAGGCCGCCUGGGAAAUGCGCAUCUCGAAGGAAUACCAAAAUGCAAAAUGCGAUUACGGUUCUGAAGAAUCUUUGAUGGAUACCGAGACCUUUGCGGUGCAGGUACCCAAGCUCGACAAGGCGUACGACAAUCGAGAAUGCGGUAUCAGCGGCGGCGAUAUGUACUUCCGACGCGACGAUUUGAAGGGCUUCUUCGACGCUCAGGUGUCCAAGCUUUUCGCCAUGAUGGACAAACAGCUCGCUCGUCUGCUUCAGAAGUUUCCGUCGGAACAAGUGUCCCAUCUCGUCCUCUCCGGUGGCCUUGGCAACUCCGCAUACGUUCAAAACUGUCUACGAAGCCGAUACGCAUUCGGCAGCACACCUUAUUCCAACGCGCAGCACAUGCAGAUUCGCAUCGCUCCUGACCCUCAGCUCGUGGUCUGCAAAGGCAACGUAGCCGAUCGUGUACAGAAGCUCAAGUCCGGACAGUCGAUCUUAGGAUGGCGAUGCAGUCGCGCAUCAUACGGAACAAUGUGCAAGAUUCUGUACGACCCGUUCAACCUUGCGCACUUUGGGUUGAGGACGGAAUUAGAUCCUUUGGACAAGAAGGAAUACGUCAUGGAUUGCAUCGACUGGUUUAUUAAGCAGGGUGAACCGGUAUCGAGCGACUUCCCAAUAGUAAAGAGCUUCCAACGAAAGUGCCCGCCAGCCUCGUCCAAGAACCCCAAUCCACCGAGAAUCUAUCCCACGGAAGUUAUAUGCACAGAACUCGACAAAUCUCAGCUUCCCAUAGUAAAGAACAACUCCUGCCGCUCAAUCUGCAAGAUCGAAUCCGACUUCUCGUCCCUCCCACUCUCCCUCUUCAAGCUCAAAAACCGACACUGGUGGAACUCCGGCCCGAGAUACCAUCGCAUCAACUACGUCGUCAAAGUGAAUCUCGGGCCCGCUGAUGUUUCUUUCGAACUUUGGCACAACGGUGUCAAGCUUUCGAAGGAUAACUCAAUCAAGGUUGAGUGGCAAGCGAGUGCGCCGCCUGAUCCGAGCGCGACGACUAUUGCGCCAGACUUCCCGAUGAACAGUCUGCCAGCGGUAUCGAGUUAUAAUGCAACGCAUCGUCGUACGGUAAGGUCGGUUGGUGAUGGUGGCGGUAGGCUUGCGACCAAUUGGGGGAAGUGGGAGAACAAGACUGGUGUCAGAUCUCAAGUGAUGUCGGCGUCGCAGAAUGGGUCCAGGGUGUGGUAG